AUGCGCACCAAAUCUUCCGUCGAUGAUAUUGAUGCCGAAUGCACUGAAGAUGCAUCGAAGGAAGUCGUAAAGAAUGGAGACCCAAUAAGUACAUUCCAACUGAUUGACGAGGCCGGAGAAAUCAGACUGGUCCCAGUACCUUCUCGAGAUCCCAAUGCUGAGCACCCUGUUGAUGAGGAUCUAGAUGCGGGGAUUGGUCUCGGCGCCAUCCAGGCAAUAGCGGGCAUUCUCCCUGUUAUGGCGACAUACUAUAUGGGGCUUGACUCUGCCCAAAGUUCAAAUAGUGCUGUUCAUGCCCGGGCCAUGACAGCAAGUCCAGUUCCAGCUAUUCCAGGUGCACCAAGCUAUCAAACAAGCAGCCAGCUCGUGUACAGGAACCAGGUUCGUCAUGGUGUUAGAUUCUGCGUUUGGUGUGCGGCUUCCCAUGGGGCCGCUCGAAGUCUGUAUUCACACAUUGCGGCGCGCUGCAUUAUGGGUCUUGGUGUUGGUAGCGUGGAAUCGUUGGUACCGCCUAUACUUCGCGACCUUCAUUACGUUCAUGAGCGAAACUCGCGGAUUGCGGCCAUGUGGGCUUCCGGGGGGAUCUUCGGCGCAGCUAUUGCAGCCGUCAGCUUCAUCAUGGUUCUGUGUUUCAUCCCGGAGACGACAUGGCCGCGUACAGAUGGCAGCAUACGUGAGAAAGCCCACCGUUCAUUUUGCUUUAUCAAGAGGACUAAAGUCUUUGCAGGAGGCACUGCUCCAGUCGGGGUCGAUGGAUACGCCGAUGCCGUACGGCCAUCGAACCGAUCGUACUCGUAUCUCUAUUCUUUAAGACUCAUAUCUGAACAUGGCAGUUUAAAAGCAGUUAUGACGGCUGCAGUUGAUCUGUUACGCUGUGUGUGCUUACCAAAUGCUAUUUGGGUGGUUUGCUUGAACGCUGUCUUCAUCGGGGCCAGUCUUUCAACCGGACUUGUUUUUGGUGUCGUGCUUGUUGCCCCUCCUUAUGACUGGAAAGAGUCUAACGUUGGGCUAAUGGGUAUCCCUCUUGCGGUUGCGGGUAUUCUUUCAGUCCUGAUCUCAGGCAUUGGCGCCGAUAUCAUCAUCCGCUGGAAAGCAAAACGCAAUAAUGGAAUUCAUGAGCCUGAACAUCAGCUGCUAAAUAUGAUCCUCCCUAUAUUGACAGGGUUUGUGGGAUCGUUGUUAUUUGGAAUUGCCUGCAAUGAUCCGUAUCGAUAUCACUGGAUAGUCCCAAUGAUAGCUUUUGGACUACAGCAGUUCGGAUUCGUCUCCGCAAAUGUCGUCGCCACCACAUACACGAUUGAAUGCUACCGAGGCCUCGCAAGUGCCCUUGUUAUCGUUGUCGGAGCACUUCGAAACAUAGUUGGGUUUGGCAUUUCGUACAGUGCUGUCAGCUUCGUUGACCGUAAUGGUUUCCUGGGAUGCUUUGGAACAUAUUCCGGACUUUUGGGUGCCAUGGCACUGCUUGGUAUUCCAUUCAACAUCUUUGGAAAGAAACUGCGAGGCAGAAUGGAGAGCUGGAAAGUUGGCUCGGUCACUGUCUAG